AUGGAGGAAUUCCAGCAGCCGCAGAAUGAUGAGUUGAGUACAUUCGUCGUCUCGGUCUACCUUCUUGGGUAUGAUUUUGGACCGAUGAUCCUGGCCCCUCUGUCUGAAUUAUAUGGACGCAACAUCGUCUACCAUGUCUGCAAUGUACUCUACCUCCUCAUGACCAUCGCGUGUGCCCUGGCUUCUAACCUUCCGGGCUUCAUGGUGUGUCGUCUGCUGGCCGGCGCGGCUGGCAGUGCGCCAUUAUUCAUCGGAGCAGGAUCUCGCGGAUAUUAUUCCCUCAAAGAACCGCGGGCUAGCAAUGGGUGCGUGGGUGCUCGGUCCUGUCCUUGGACCGGUGAUAGCGCCCAUAGCGGGCGGAUAUUUGGUAGAGUCAAGAGGCUGGAGAUGGACGUUUUGGGGUGCUUGCUAUAUUGGGAAAAAAGAGCUGGCGCCUUUUCAAUUCUUGCCGUGAUUUGCCUGCGCGAAACUCACCCGUACACUUUGCUUCGGAGAAAGACGAAAUCUCUGCAAAGGCAGACGGGGAAUCGCAACAUCCGGUCUACCCUCGAGGCUGGGCAACCUACCUCUAGUCUUUUUAUGUUCUCUAUUCUCCGUCCCAUGAAGAUGCCAUUUUACUCGCCGAUUGUGUCUCUAUUAGCCUUAUAUAUUGCCGUGAUUUACGGAUACCUGUACCUCCUCUUCACCACCUUCCCGUCCGUCUUCCUGGAUGUCUACCAUUUCUCUUCUGGAGAUGUAGGGUUAAUCUAUCUGGGAAUUGGAGUCGGCUCCAUUGUUGGUAUGAUCUUUCAGAGCCUGACUUCCGAUAUGGUAUUCCAAUGGCUGAGGGACCGACAUGGCUUCUCCAAGCCCGAAUAUCGCCUGCUGCCUUUAUUCUUGUCGUGCUGGAUGAUCCCGUUCUCGCUCUUCUGGUACGGCUGGGCGGCAAAUAAAGAUGUGCUUUGGAUAUCGCCUAUUAUUUCCACCUCCCUUAUGGGAUUAGGCAUGGUCAACGCUUUUACAGCCGUCUCCACCUACCUGGUGGAUGCAUAUACAGAGUACGCAGCCUCAGCCAUCGCUGCAACUAUCGUUCUUCGAUCUAUCAUUGGCGCUUUUCUUCCCUUGGCGGGUGGUCCCAUGUACAAAACCCUAGGGUUGGGCUGGGGAAAUUCUGUCUUGACGUUUAUCGCUUUGGCUAUGUGCCCAUUGCCGUUUCUCCUUUACAGGUUCGGCGAGAGGAUUCGGAAAAAGACUUUUGUUACAUUGUGA